AUGCUUGCUCUGGAAUGCUGUGACCCUCCUAUUUUGCAUCGCGACCUCAAGCCAACUAAUGUUUUUAUUGAUGGGAGUGGUCACGCCCGAAUAGGAGACUUUGGGUUGGCCAGGCGGCUUCCCACCACUGACAGGUCAACUUUGACAACUGAAACAGGCACUUACAUUUACAUGUCUCCAGAGAUGGUUCGACAUGAAAUCUACGACUCAAAGACAGAUAUUUGGAGUUGGGGGGUUGUGCUCUGUGAGCUGUGCACCAAUGCACUUCCAUAUCAUGGAAACUUCUGGACGCCAAUUCAGACUGCCAUGGCUGUUGCAGAUGGCAAAGCAAAGCCCCAUAUACCAAAAGAUAUCCACCCAGCACUGACAAAGCUGGCGGAUCUGUGUUUUGCACAAGAGCCCGCUGAGAGACCAACUUUUGAGUUGGUAGUUUCACAGAUGACUGGGAUUCUGAGCGUCCUGAGGGCUGAGGCGGAUGCACGGGAGAGUGGCUUCUUUUCGCGGGUGAUGCGCAGAGCAAAUGCUCUGCAGAGAAAAGGGGAACCGGAGCAGGAUGAGUGA